CCUUCGUCCCCUGACUCUUGUCUUGCUUUGAAUCCCUCGAAUUUCAGUCAGAGCAGAGCAUCAUGGCACCUGCACCCCAGCUGGAUCCUGGGGUGCACCCCGUCGUUCGGAAUGCUCUGCGCGUUUCCCUGAGCGCCAAAGAAUACAAGAUCCUCCACGACUACGCCGUCCAGCGCAUUUCUCCCUCCCUGCGAACCAAGCUACCCACUCCGGCUCGAUUCGAGGGUAUUGUACGAUCCAAACAUAAACAUAAUGAAGCGGCUGUGCGAGCGUCGUUGCGUGUCUUCCUUGCCUCGGGGGCUUUCUUGAAGCUGGUCGAUCUGGUCCUCGGUCGCAUACAGCGUGAUCAGGCCGGGAAGAAACCCCCGGUCGCUUUACUGCGCUCUCCAAACUUCCGCCUCUCCCUUUCUCUUUCCCUGAUGAUUCUCCUGCACCGGCUUCUUUAUCGCUUCUUCGUCCGACUGCGUGCCAAUCUCCGAACCGACGACGCUCAGCCGUUCCGCGACCGCAACCCGCGAAUCUCGAGGGCGCUGACGUCGCGAUAUGCCCCUGCGGUCGGGGCCAGUAUCGCGGGACUCGCGCUGGGAAUCUCUCCGCAAACCCAGCUCCGGAGGACGGUCGCGAUUUAUGCGGCUACACGGGGAUUGGAGUCGCUCUACAAUGUGAUGGAUGAGAAGGGGUGGUUGGAGAAUAAGCCCUGGUGGUUUGGCAGUUGGCUCCUGAUGCCCCUGUCGUGUGCGCAGCUGUUCCACGCCUUUGUGUUUGAUCGGGAGGCUACACCCAAGUGGUUAGGAAACGUGAUCCUCAAGAAUUCGCCCAGCUACAUCCACGACCGUCCGGAUACGCUGCCCGCGGAGUUUCCUUGGCCGGCGAAAACUGACAUUGUGGACUCGCUCGCAACGAUUGCCAACCUGCGAUGGCCGCUAUUCGUCUCGCCGAUUCUUCAUCCGUCCGAUCCCACCCCCUUACCUUCUGCGGUCAAGGCCAUCUCGCCCAUUACGGGGCCGGCUCACCCUUCUAUCGUCAGCCUGUCGUGUGCUCUCCUCCACCCCAGCAGUCCUAGCUGCGGCACAGCCUUCCUGCAUCAUCUUCUCCUCUCUGUUCCCCCGCUGGCCCGCCUGAUCACCGGUCUUACCCUCGCACUUUCUGCCCUCAAGUUCAAGGCCUGGCUAGCCUCGCCGCUUUCCACGGCCAACAGUCUCUCGAAGAGAAUAAUCACCCUCACGGCCGUGCUUUCGGCAGCCCUCGGCUCGGGCUGGGGCAGUUUGUGUCUGUGGAAUUUGGUGCUCCCACGGUCCGUGGUGCCCCGCCAGCGAUUUUACCUGAGCGGAGCGCUAGCCGGGGUGCCCUUUGCAUUCCUGGGCCAUAGCCGCAGCGUGUUCCUGUACUUUUUCCGCGGGGCGGUGGAUUCGGCGUGGAAGGCGGGGGUCAAGCGGGGACACUGGAAGCGGUGGUGGAGUGGUGGAGAGGUUUGGCUGUUCGUCGUGGCGUGGGCCAUUCUGGGGAGCGUUCUAGAGGGUCGGCCGACGGCUGUCCAGGGACGCGCAGUAAGGAAGCUAUUGGCCUGGGCCAAGGGCGAAAGGAUUUACCACUAGAAUAUGAAUAUAUGAGAUGAGGUCCCUCGAUUUAACUCACUAACUAGUUAGUUAGUUACUAGUCCUUUCGCUUAGCAAUCCAUUCAAUAUAACUAGUUAGUUAACUCAAAGGGCUUCUUGAAUUCUUAGGAAUCCUACAUCUCUAGACAGUAUAUAUACCCUUUCAUGUCAGCUAAUCAGCCACAAGCGCCUUCUGAAGAUGAUAAAAAUCCAGCAUGCUAGAACUAUAUUUAAAUAAUCCCAGAUAUUUCUCGGGAGAUGUUUCUGGGUUGGCUUAUAGUUAUGUAUCACGGUUACAUUCAUAGUUCUUAGUUAUUUAAUUUACUGUU